GCAAAGUCCAGGGCGUUGUAUAUAUGUAACGGUACCGCGCUCCAGACUCCAACUUUGAUCAUACUUUUAGAUUCUCCAGUUAGAUAGAGCGUGUGGGAAACAUGCUGGACAGUCUUCUGUUUGUCAUCCUCCUCAUCAUUGGAUACAAGAUCUACAAGUGGGUUAAAGGUCGUCCCAGGAUCCCUAGAACCUCCGACAAGUCUGUCCUCAUCACAGGGUGUGACAGCGGGUUCGGCAGGGAAGAUGCCAUCCGAUUGGACGGUCUGGGGUUUCGUGUGUUUGCGGCAUGCCUGACAGAGAAGGGGGAGGUAGAAAUACGAAAGAGCUGCUCGGAGAGGGUUGUCACGUUGCGAAUUAAUGUGGCCAACCAUGAGAGCGUCAAGCAAGGACUUCAGACUGUCAGAGAUCACGUUGGAGAUAAAGGUUUGUGGGGCCUGGUCAACAAUGCUGGCAUCUCGGGGAGGAUUGGCCACAUGGACUGGCUGGACCUGCAAGAUUACCGCCAGGUUUUUGACAUCAACUUCUUUGGCUUGGUAGACGUGACGUACACCUUCCUGCCACUUCUGAAGAAAGCCGGGGGUCGGAUAGUCAACAUGUCCAGCUGCACCGCUAGGAUGGAGCCAGGGACGGGGCCGUACGCUGCCUCCAAGUUCGCAGUGGAGGGAUUUUCUGAUGGUUUCAGACGUACUUUGAAGUCAGCUGGUGUUUCAGUCCAUAUCAUAGAACCUGGCUACUUCAAAACAGCAAUAACUAAAGCUGAGAAUGUGGCAGAGAAAAUGAAAGCAUUGUGGGACAGCCUGGACCCUGAAAAAAAGGAAGAGAAAGGAGAGGAAUAUUUUCAAGCAAGAACAGAAGAUGUCUUGAAGCAUCUAGACUUGAUCUGCUCCCCUCGGCUGGAUCUCGUGGUGGAUGCGAUAGAACACGCCCUGACCGCCGUCAGUCCGCACAGUCGCUAUGUGUGUGGGUGGGACGCCAAACUGUUCUUCAUCCCAGUCUCAUGGCUGCCAACUGACAUUGGGGAUGCAAUCUUUGCUUGGGCAACUCCAAAGUGAGAAGAAACCAGUGCAGCAAAAUUCUUUAGCCAUGGAUUAUACAACAACAGAUACUGUUAUUAAUGAAUUUCUGCUUCUUGUUAGUUAUUAUUGCACACAUCAAAAAUGAAUUAUGAAAGAAAUUUGAAAAAGUAAAUCAGACAUUAACAAAAUUUCAUAUAGUGGGAUGCCACAUGUUGUAACUGCUUCACUAUCUGACUACACUGGCACAUAAAAACAAUCUUACAUUACUACUCUGAUGGUCAAACAUUGAGUCAGUGUUCAUUACCAACAGGAAGUCACAACCAUUUUCUUACUUCAACAAAACAUUACAGCCUUUAGUGGAUGUAUUUGUCAUGCUGCACUAUUCUUGGUCGAGAUUGACACAACAAUGUCCAGUCUAUCACUAUCAGUGAUCAUAGAUAAUUAUAAGGUCAGCCAUGUCGAGAUUAAUACUCGUCCCAUGGAUGGCUGGGGCCGUAAUACCGCCCGGAGGGUGAACCAGUGGGCGGUUGAUAGACGACAACCGAUAGACGGAAGGACACCAUCACCAACUAUUCCACAAUCAAGAUACCGAAUCAACGGAGGGUCAAUUUGUCACAACUGUCAAAUGAGACAAAAGCUUAGGAAAGUCCCAUCCACCCUUGAAUGAAAUAAAUAUACACCGCAUUUACGGCAUACAUAACAGGCUUAUUUCAACAUUACUUGACGUUUGAUAUCUACAUGUGUGUCAUUGUCCUAUUAUACUUAUCAUUCUAUUUUCCUUACAGCGAUAUUAUGUAAGAUUUUUGCGCCAUAAGUGUAAAUAUGAAGAAUUGAAAUUUCUCAUCUAGCUUGUCGUGCUCAAUAACUUUGCAGUGCAAGACUAAGUUGCGCUAGUCCUGUUGUAUUUUAGGAGGCUCCUAAAAAGAAUCUAAACAAACAGCAGUUUUCAUUUGGGUAUCUUCAGCAGCUUCCAACAUGUUUUUCAGUGCAACGACGUUGAUGUUUCCUCCCAAAAUGUCAUUAUGAACUCAGGUAGGCAAGAAAAUGUGUAAAACAUCAGUGUUUUAUUAAUUAUCACUAUCCAGUUGCAAUAUGAUAGUUUUGAAAUCAUAAGGAAGCAUAAACUAAGGAUACUAUUGCAGAGGGUAGUAUUGUUUUACCAAAACAAUGAUAUACACAUUAAGACCAUAUUAUGAUUACUAGGAGUAUCAUAAACUUUGUUAAUUUUAAACUAAAUUAUGGUGGCACAUGUACACUAAAGAUGAUGUUUUACAUUCUACGUGUACUUACCAUUGAUAUACUGAGCAGUCUGAGGACUUGCUCUGAUUUAUGCUUCUGGACAAGCCAGUCAAUACACAGAAGGAGCUACUAAAGUAGCGUCCAAUUGCU